AUGAGCGCUCUUCUCAAAUCUCGUAUUAGAAACAAAGCUCUGUUGUCAAAGCUCAGAUCACCUGAAGAGCUGAUCCCAUAUUUCAAGAAUGGUCAGUACCUGGGAUGGUCUGGCUUCACAGGUGUUGGUGGACCCAAAGUCGUUCCUAAGGCUUUAGCUAAGCAUGUGGAGGCCAACAACCUCCAGGGUAAACUGGGGUUUAACUUGUUUGUAGGUGCUUCUGCUGAUGUUGAUAUAGAAUCCAAGUGGGCUGAGCUUGGAAUGCUUCUGCGAAGAUCACCUCAUCAAGUGGGCAAGCCUAUUGAAAAAAGUAUCAAUGCUGGUAAGACACACUUCUUUGACAAGCACUUGUCCAUGUGGCCACAGGAUUUGACCUACGGAUACUACACAAGAUUCAAGGAGAAUGAUUUAUUGGACAUUUCAAUUAUUGAAGCCACUGCUAUCACCGAGGAUGGAGGUGUCAUUCUUGGACCAUCUGUCGGAGGUACCCCCGAACUUGUCUCAACCUCGGAGAAAGUUAUCAUUGAAUUAAAUACCGCGCUUCCUUCUUUUGAAGGUUUACAUGAUAUCAACAUGCCAGUGGCACCCCCAUACCGUGAGCCAUAUCCAGUAACAACAGUAAAGGACAGAUUUGGUACUUCAGCCCUUCCCAUUGAUCCAUCCAAGAUUCUUGCUAUUGUCGAAUCUGACGCCAAGGAUACUGUCCCUGAAAACACUCCUUCUGAUGCCAUGUCAAGGGCUAUUGCUGACCACCUGGUUGAAUUCUUUCAACAUGAAGUCAAGCUCGGUCGUAUGCCAGAGAACUUGCACCCAUUACAAUCUGGAAUUGGCAAUAUUGCCAAUGCUGUCGUAGAGGGUCUUGCUGACGCAUCUUUCACUAACCUCAAUGUUUGGACCGAGGUCUUGCAAGACUCAUUCCUCGACUUUUUUGAGUCUGGAAAGCUUGAAUUUGCUACUGCUACAUCUAUCAGACUUACUCCCGGCGGAUUCAAACGUUUUUUCAGUAACUGGGAUACCUUCUCCAAGCAACUCCUUCUCAGAUCACAGGCGAUUUCUAACCAUCCCGAACUUAUCCGUAGAUUGGGUGUCAUUGCCAUGAACACUCCUGUGGAGGUGGAUAUUUAUGGACAUGCCAAUUCGACCAAUGUUUCUGGCUCAAGAAUGCUACACGGUAUUGGAGGUUCUGGUGAUUUCCUGAGAAAUGCCAAACUCUCCAUUAUGCACACUCCCUCAGCUAGAGCAACCAAGACCGACCCCUUUGGCUUGUCUACCGUAAUUCCCUUUGCAACUCAUGUUGAUCACACUGAACACGACCUUGAUAUUCUUGUUACUGAACAGGGUUUGGCUGAUUUGAGAGGAUUAUCCCCCCGUGAGAGAUCGAGAGAGAUUGUCAAGAAGUGUGCUCACCCUGUCUACCAGCCAAUUCUCAACGAAUACCUAGAUAGAGCAGAGUUUGCUAUGGCUAAGAAGAAGGCUCUGCACGAGCCCCACAUCCUCAGAGACGCUUUCAAGCUCCACCUAAACUUGGAAGAGAAGGGCACCAUGAGAAUCGAUAGCUGGGAAUAA